AUGAAUCAACACGAAAAUAGUGAUAUAAACGAGGCGAAUGCUUUUUUGAGGGAGAGAUAUUUGUACUUUUUAACGUCCAUGUGUGGAAAAACUGCUAAAGUUAGGAUGUUUGAUAAAACAGAAGUUUCUUGUGUUAUUAAGGCGACCGAUAUUAAUUUUGAAAACGUUAUGGUUAGCAAUUUGAAGACCCCUUUACCAGAAGUGAUGCCACAUGCUAUUUUACGUACUAAUGAUAUCAUUAAUAUUACAUUAAAAGAUUAA